CGACAACAAUCCCGAAAAAACAACAACAACAACAGUGAAAAAGUGCAAUUGUCGCGGCCAUUUUUUUCCGUUGUUUGCUGGUUUGGUCGCGGAAAGUGUUGUCGUCGGUGUGACACGUGGCACGGCGGAACACGGCCGCGGAAAUCUCGACACGCCGAGGUCACACACACACGGCCGGUUGGGUUUGUGGGCGUCUCGCGCACUGAGUAGGCGACGACGAACGGGUGAGAACAAAAGAAGAAAGGAGGAGGCAAAAAAAAACCAACACGACGAAACCGCAGUCGAAUCGUCGUCGUCGUCGGCCGGAUGUUGGACCAAUGUGUGUGAGACCAAUCAACAGCGGCGUUGACGCGGACGUGUGAAAAACGUCAAACGACGCAACAAAAACAAGUGACGAGUGAGUGAUCUAGUAGGCAGCACAGCGCGCUGCUGGUGAGCUGUCAGAAAAAGCGAGUGAAAUUUUUCCUGGGAACAACAAAAAGCCGAAAAACUAUUGUGAAUCGCCAUUGAAUGUCAAUUAGAAACAUCUCCCAAAGUAGGUGUGACAAGUGACAAGUGUCAAAGUAUAUAGUUUAGUAGUAAACAGUGUUUAGUGAAAAAUGCAUCUGACUGCAAACAACUCGACAAGUGCCACCACAAACAAUAGCAGUGGUGGUGGCACCACCACAAGCAACGGCCAAAACAACAACAACAGCAGUAGUAACAACAACAACACGAGUAGUAGUGGUAGUGGCAACAACAACAACAGUGGCAGCAGUAACAACAACAACAAUGGGUCCGCGGCGGCGAAUGGGGGAGAAAAUGGUCCACCGUCGGCCGCCAGCAUCCUGCAGGACACGUACACAAAGAUGACGUCCGACAUUCUGGCCGAACGGACGCUGGGCGAUUUUCUCUCCGAGCAUCCGGGCGAACUGAUUCGAACCGGGAGUCCUCUGUUUGUUUGCACGGUGCUGCCACCGCACUGGCGAUCGAAUAAAACACUUCCGGUUGCGUUCAAGGUCGUCGCGCUCGGGGACGUCGGCGACGGGACGAUGGUGACGGUGCGGGCGGGGAACGACGAGAACUACUGCGCGGAGUUGCGGAACUGCACCGCCGUCAUGAAGAACCAGGUGGCCAAGUUUAACGAUCUGCGGUUCGUGGGGCGCAGCGGACGAGGCAAGAGUUUCACCCUGACCAUCACGGUCUCGACCAGCCCGCCCCAGGUGGCCACCUACAACAAGGCCAUCAAGGUGACCGUCGACGGACCUCGGGAACCUCGCUCCAAGACAAGGCAACAGCAGCAGUUCCACUUUGCCUUUGGCCAGCGACCGUUCCACUUUCCGGCCGACCCGCUGUCCAGCUUCCGGAUGCCGCCGAUAGACAUGUCCCAGUUCGGUCUGGGCACGGCCAACUCGCACUGGAGCUACAGCUCGACGGGCCCGUACUCGCCGUAUCUGACGUCCUGCACGACCCCGACCGCGGCCCAGUUCAACAAUCCGGCGCUCGGCUUCACCUGCUCCAGCGGCGAGCAGAACGCCGGCCAGGACUUUACCACCGGAGGAACGGGCCGGGAUUGCGUUCCGAUGCUUCCGGACUCGACGGCCGCCGACCUGGACCAGCACCUGAGCAGUCUGGUGGGAACGCAGCAGACGGCACAGAUGACCCACCCCAGUUUGAUGACCGGAACCGGGAACGGGGGUAGCGGAACUCCGGGAAGUGCCGGAACCAACGGCGGGGUGACCUCGCAGGCCAACACCAUCACCACGACCAACGGAAGCAACGGGUUGCUGGUUCCGCGCUACCAGAGCAACUCCAGCACCAACGAGUACGCCCUCCACACGAGCCAAAGCGGUCCCCGGAGUUUGAGCGACUCCUCCCAGGCGGAAUCCCCCGUCCAGGAAGACCUCCUCUCGUCCAACACGCCAAACCUGGGCGCCGGCGCCAACCAGAACUUCUCCAGCUUGGUCGUCAACCAGAGCCAGUCCAACUACGGCUCCGGCGGCGGCAGCUGCAACGGAUCGCUCUACCCGGUCCUCCCGGCUUCCCUCCUGUACUCCCAACUCUACACGGCGGCCAACCAGACGCACGGUUUCCACAACCACCACCUCCAGAACAGCCACACCGCCACCGGCCAGAACGCCUCCAUGCACGCCGGCGAACUCCAAAGCGUCAUGGACCACCUCACCUCGUCCACGGUCGUCGCCAACGGUGGCCGCGGAACGGGCGCCGGCGGCGGCCAAAUGAUGAGCAAUAACCCGCACACGGACCUGUCCCUGAUCGGGAACUGCGGCGCCAUGGCCCGCGGAGCGCUGGACGAACCCGGCGCGAGGGCGCUCGCGGCCGGCCGGGGUGGCGUUCCGCCCCAGGGCGGCCAGGUCCAGACCGAGAACGGGAACUCCGUGUGGCGACCGUACUGAGGAAAGCUUCAACCGUAGGGCUAAGGUGCGACACACACACUCUCUGGCAGGUGGGGACGCGACUUUUUCUUUCGUUUUGACAGUUGUUUUGCAGCAGGUUGUUGAUUUUUGGUUUAGCGGCACGUUUCGAUUUGUUGGCAGCGGCACGCUGCGGUUGACAGCGGAGCGUUGGUUUUUUACCCAAUCAAAGUUUCUGUAAAUAGAGCCAAUUUUUUUCGUUACUUCUCGAUUCAAACCACUGACAAAGAUCGCAUUCGAACCCACGGUUGAUGUUAACGUAAAAAAGAUAAGCAAAACUAAAAACUUACUAAACUAGAUGUCAAACUCUGCUUAGAAGUUGAACUUUUACACUGAAAAAAUGUAUACCUUUGUAAAAAAAAACACACAAGUCAAUGUGAAAGAAACAGAGAAAAUUGUUCCAGCCAAAUUAACACUAAACAACUCUUACUAAUAAGCGUACUGUAGUUACCAAUUGAUGAUGACGAUAGCGGAAGGUAGUAGCUGUUAUUAACUUUUAUUGCUAGUGCGUAAGUCCAACCAAAGAAGACAAAACAAAAUAAAACCCAGUCAAAUCGUGUAGCCAAAAUGUAGAUCGAAGAACGUACUCGUAAAGCAAGCAAACCCCCCCCAACAAAAAAUCUCGAUGUGGAAUUCUUCUUUCUCGAAAAUGCGCCUAGUGUUAUGAUAAAUGUAAAGUUGUACCAAAACAAACAAAAAAUAACAAAAAAAA